GCCUUGGAUCACCAUAGAAAUCUAGAGACGUUGUUGACUAGGCUCGGAUCUCAUUUAACAAACUGGGAACGUCGACAGCAACGUUGCUCAUAGGUCCUAGCAAGAUCGUUCAGCAACGCCGCCUGAAGAGACGGGUCUACAAUGACCAUCCGAUUAGCGGCCUGCAUGGGCAGACCACCUCUUUGGUCAGCUUGUAGCGGGUCAACGGCCUGCGGUAGGCUAUCAAGAAGCUCGGGAGGGUCCUCACUGCUCGAUGCUGGACUGAGACCAUAUACGGAUCGCGCAAGAGCACAAUGGUCUCUCCGAUCGGUCGUUCCUCUUAACGAUGAAUAUCGGAAAAGCCGGCUAGCCUUAGUUCAAGCCUGUAAUGGUCUCGGACAGAAACGGUACUACCGACAACUCUCGACUCAGGAAGAUAGAACUACACAGUCAAGUGUUGUCAAGCCUGUACCAACACCUUCAAAGUCCUCUAAUGACCUUGCAAAAGAGCUGGUUACAGACGACGCCUCGAAAGUGUCAGACAAGCAACAGAGCCUGACGGACUGGAAGAUAAUAAAGCGUCUGGCAAGCAACAUCUGGCCGAAGGGAGAGUGGGAGAUCAAGGCCCGGGUCGUUGGGGCGCUGGGGCUAUUGGUUGCAGGCAAAAUACUGAACGUGCAAGUGCCGUUUUUCUUCAAGGAUAUCGUCGACGCCCUGAAUGUCGAAAUCACUGCGGACACCACUGUAUGGGUCAUCGGAGGAACCGCAAUUACUGGUUACGCACUGGCCAGGAUCUUCUCGACCUUGUUUUCGGAACUUCGGAAUGCCGUAUUCGCUAGCGUAUCCCAGAGAGCCAUUCGCCAGGUCGCAAGGAACACGUUCGCCCACCUCCUCCAUAUGGACAUGGGUUUCCAUCUGACACGGCAGACGGGUGGUCUUUUGCGGGCAAUCGACCGAGGCACCAAAGGUAUCAGCUUUCUGCUUUCGUCAAUUGUCUUUCAUGUCAUACCGACAGCUUUAGAGGUUUCGAUGGUCUGCGGUAUCUUGAGCUGGAAAUUCGGUUGGAAUUUCGCCGCCGUGACUGCUGUGACCAUGUUAGCAUACGCGUGGUUCACAAUUAAGACUACGGCCUGGCGAACAAAAUUCCGCAAGCAAGCAAAUGCUGCAGACAACAAGGGAGCGACUGUGGCUGUUGAUUCCCUUAUCAAUUACGAGGCUGUCAAGCAUUUCAAUAACGAAAGCCACGAGAUCACUAAAUUCGACAAGACGCUCAAGAACUAUGAGGACGCCUCGGUCAAAAUUUCGACCUCUCUUGCCUUGCUCAACUCCGGUCAAAACCUCAUCUUCUCGUCUGCACUCACCAUGAUGAUGUUCUUGGCCGCCCAAGGCAUUAUCAAAGGGACUAUGACGGUCGGCGACCUGGUCCUAGUGAAUCAACUGGUGUUCCAACUCUCGCUGCCACUGAAUUUCUUGGGAACCGUCUACCGAGAACUUCGUCAGAGUCUGAUCGACAUGGAGGUCAUGUACAACCUGCAGGGCGCUCAGGCCAACAUCACCGAUCGACCAGAAGCCCGACCGCUCGAGUACAAGGGUGGUGAGAUUCGGUUCGAGAAUGUCAGUUUCGGAUACCACCCGGAUCGACCCAUUUUCAAGGACAUGUCCUUCACGAUACCUGCUGGGAAAAAGGUUGCCAUCGUGGGACCAAGCGGUUGUGGAAAAUCCACCGUGUUCAGGCUCCUCUUCAGGUUCUGGGAUUCCCAUUCCGGCCGGAUCCUGAUCGAUGGGCAAGACAUCAAAGAUAUCAAGCUCGAAUCUCUUCGCAAGGCUAUCGGAGUGGUGCCACAAGAUACCCCGCUAUUCCAUUCGGAUAUACUACACAACAUCCGUUAUGGUAACCUCGAAGCGACCGAGGAGGAAGUCGUCGCGGCUGCCAAGCGGGCUCAGGUGGAUCAGACGAUUCAGAACCUGCCUGAAAAGUACCAGACCAAGGUCGGGGAGCGAGGUCUCAUGGUAUCCGGUGGAGAGAAGCAGAGAAUGGCAGUGGCAAGGCUCUUGCUCAAGAACCCCCCGAUCUUGUUCUUCGAUGAAGCGACCUCUGCUCUGGACGUGUACACCGAGACCGAGUUGAUGCGGAACAUUAACGAGACUUUGAUUGACGGAACCAGGACGAGCGUCUUCAUCGCUCAUAGAUUGCGCACGAUCGCAGAUGCAGAUCUCAUCAUCGUGUUAAGGAACGGAUAUGUGGCUGAACAGGGCACUCAUUCGGAACUGAUGGAAAUCGAUUCAGGAGUGUAUGCCGACCUUUGGAAUGCACAGUUGCACGACAGCGUGCCCACAAAAUCGGUUCCCGAGGAAGAACCGAUCAUUCAAGCUAAAGCGUAAAAAGAACAAGUACCCCCACUUUGUAGAUAGAACAUUUUACCUCGCAUGUCGUGAUGAUCGCGCAUUGAUGGAGUCGUCACGUGAUCCAACUCCCGGCAUCCGGAAUUUCUGAACGCGAGGGUACACUUUGAGCG